UAUAAUUUCAGGUGCUGAUGUGAUGGGUGCAAGAACAGAUUCUGGUUGAUGACUCAAAUGAAUGACAAGCAACAUGGAUGCUGCUCGCAGAAAUCAGGACAUUCGGAAGAUGCUGAACCCAGACUCCCGGUCUCUCAUGGGAUUGAGCGAGGAGGAGCUGCUCAUCCGGGCACGAGAGGAACGUGCAACAAUAGUUGGGCGAUACAACCUUGGCCGCGAAGAAGGAGCGGUCAUAGACCCUUGGGAAGAUCCAGAGUUCGAGGUUUAUCAUUCCACAGACAGAUAUGGAUUUAUACAUGACACAAGAUUACCCCAGUCUCGUUCAAAGGAAGAGGAAAAGAGGCUGGAAAUAGAGCUCUCUCGGAUCCCCAAGUGGCUAAAGAUGAUUAAAAGCUGGGAUAAGUAUUGGGACAAGGACAAAUUCAUCAAAAGAAUAUACAAAGGGAUUCCGGAUAGAUUUCGGGGAGUUGUUUGGGCAAAAUUACUCCUUUUGGAACAAAUAAAAGAAGAACAAAGAGGAAAAUACGAGGAAAUGAGGAGACUCGGAUGCAAGUGGUCUACAGAUGUGCGACAAAUUGAUUUGGAUGUAAAUAGAACUUACAGGGACCAUACUAUGUUUCGUAAAAGAUAUGAUGAGAAGCAACAACAGCUUUUUCAUGUUCUUGUUGCAUACUCUAUGUACAACCAAGAAGUGGGCUACUGCCAGGGAAUGUCCCAGAUUGCUGCUUUGUUACUUAUGUACCUGAAUGAAGAGGAUGCUUUCUGGGCACUUUCAGCCCUCAUGUCCUCACCUAAAUAUGCUAUGCACGGCUUCUUCAUACCUGGCUUUCCAAAACUUUUGAGAUAUCAGCAGCACCAUGACAAAAUACUCGAAAAAUUUCUUCCAAAGCUCAAAAAGCACUUGGAGAGGAAUUGUAUAGACUCUGGGCUCUAUACUCUCAAGUGGUUCUUUCAAUGUUUUCUUGAUAGGGUUCCGUUCACAUUAACUUUGCGACUAUGGGAUGUCUUUUUGAUGGAAGGAGAACGCCUCCUGAUUGCCUUCGCCUACACUAUCCUCAAGCUGCAUCGCCGACAAAUUGCCCGCCUGGACAUGGACCAGAUUUUAGAUUAUCUGCAGAAAAAGUUGGAGAAGAAUUUUGGUUAUGAAGAUGACUAUGUAAUAGAAAGUUUGGAGAAAGCGAUGGAAGAGUUGAAGAAAGCCAAAUUAGAUCAUCCUGGAGCCCCACCUGACUUGGAAUUACCCCAGCAACCAUUUGGAUUGUUCAUAGAGCCUACAAUUGAGAAGGAAUCGGGGAUUCGUCGGGAUUUCACAGAUGAGGAGCGAAUGAUCACUGAGAAAUUGAUGAAGAGGACAGAAACCAUUGGACUCAAUGGGUCACAUCUCUCUGUUGACCGCGGUUAGUCAAAGUAUUCAGCACUUUCAGAGUUCUUUCUUUGUAUCUUCCUUGUUGUGUUGAAUCCCUUAUAGACAUUUAUGCUUCUUUAAUUUUCUUCCUUUAAAAGAGAUUUAGCCGAAUGUGUUCAUCAUUUGCUACAGUAUGUCAGAAACAAUUGCAGUCCUCAGUAUUUCUUUGUUCAUUUCUUAUUAAUGUAUCUUGGUCACCAAGCAAUUUAAUAAUGUUCCUAUCUUAGGCUGUCAGCAUGAUUUUUGUUCUUAUUUACAGCAUUCCAGAUGAAUUUUCAGUCAUGUCAUUUAGAUAAGCAUUUAGUAAGCAUUGUUAAUCCUUUACUAAUACUAGUGUAUUACAUUGCAAUAAUAAGAUAGUUGAGUAUUCAGGACCUUCUGUUUAUCUAGUUUUCAGCCAUACUUACAAAGAUUUUGUUUCAGUUUCUUUAUAAACAAACACAAAAGCUUAAUUAACACCAGCCAGUGGCACAAAGAAACCCACACAAAGGUAAUAGAACAAUUUAAAUGAGUACUGUAUAU